UUCAUAUAAAAGGAAUGGUUAAUCGACAAUCAAAUAUCACUUUAAAUCAAUUCAUUUCUUAAUCAACUUGUAAACACCAACCAACAAACCAACCAACAACAACCAUGAAGGUUAUUGCCUUAUUCGCUCUUAUUGGUCUUGCCACCGCCGGUUACGCUCCAGCUAACCUUGCUAACACUGGUUCAUCAGUCUCAACCCGAACCCAAGACUCUGUUGGUAACUACGCUUUCGCUUACCAAGAAAACCAUGCUACCGGUGGAACCUCAAGAAAGGAACAAGGAAACGCUUAUGGACAAGUUGUUGGUUCAUACAGUUUAGGAGUUAUCGAUGGAAGACAACGAAUUGUUAACUACGUUGCUGACCCAGUCCACGGUUUCCGCGCUCAAGUUAUCACGAACGAACCUGGAACCGCUCCAACCACCCAAACUGUCGCUAAAGUAGCUGCUCCAGUUGUUGCCGCUCCUCAAUAUGCUGCUCCAGCUCCAGUUGUUGCUGCUCCAGCAUACGCAGCUCCCCAAUACGCUGUUCCCCAAUACACUGCCCCACAAUACGCUGCUCCAGCUCAGAUUGUUGCUGCUCCUUCAUACGCAGCUCCAGUCGUCACCAAAGUUGCCGCUCCAGCAUACGCUUACUCUGCCCCAGCUUUGACCUACUCUGCCCCAGCCCCAGUUGUAACCAAAGUUGCUGCCCCAGCUUAUGCUUACUCUGGCCCAGCUUUUACCUACUCUGCCCCAACUCCAGUUGUUGCUAAAGUAGCUGCUCCAGCUUACGCUUACUCUGCUCCAACUUAUGCCUACUCAGCACCCGCUCCAGUUGUAACCAAAGUUGCUGCUCCAGCAUACUACUCAGGCUACUCAGCCCCAAUCGUCCACAAAGUUGCUCAAGCCCCAAUUGUCCAACAAGCCUGGUAAUUGUCUCGAAUUAAUAAUGAUAAAUAGUAGUGAUUAAUGUAUUUUUAUCUCGGCUCAACUAAACAGAUAUAAGGUUAAAACCACAUAUCAUUUAAUUGUAAUAUCGAUUGUUGAAAUAUUGUAUUUUGUGUUUCUCUAAGUCCUAAUCCUUAACGAGCCUUUUUUAAGCAAAUUAUAAAAUAAAAUCAUUUUU